AUGGCGCUCAAGAAGAAGAUUGCCGUCAUGACCUCGGGAGGUGACUCCCCGGGGAUGAACGCCGUUGUUCGCGCCGUUGUCCGCAUGUCCAUUCACAUGGGCUGCGAUGCGUUCUGCAUCUACGAGGGGUACGAGGGUCUGGUGCAGGGCGGCGACUUCAUCAGGCAGAUGGGAUGGGACGACGUCAGAAGCUUUCUGUCCGAAGGUGGAACGCUCAUCGGAACAGCCCGAUGCAUGGCCUUUUACGAACGACCGGGCCGGUUGACGGCCGCCAAGAACAUGGUGCUCAAUGGCAUUGACGCCCUCAUUAUCUGCGGAGGUGACGGCUCUCUGACUGGUGCUGACAAGUUCCGGACGGAAUGGCCUUCAUUGCUUGAGGAACUUGUUGACAACAAGGAGCUGACUCCGGAGCAAGUUGCGCCGUACAAGCAUCUGAACAUUGUUGGCCUGGUCGGAUCCAUUGACAAUGACUUGUCCGGUACGGAUGCCACCAUCGGCUGCUACUCGGCCCUCUCGCGUAUCUGCGAAAUGGUUGACUACAUUGAAGCCACGGCUUCUUCACAUUCUCGUGCUUUUGUAAUUGAAGUCAUGGGACGACACUGCGGCUGGCUAGCGCUUCUAGCUGGAGUUGCGACGGGAGCUGACUUUGUCUUCAUUCCCGAGCGGCCGAGAGACCAGGAUUGGCGAGAGGACAUGAAGAUUGUGGUUCAGCGACACCGUAACAUGGGAAAGCGAAAGACCAUCGUCAUUGUCGCAGAGGGCGCCCGUGAUAAAGACGGCACCAAGAUCACCCCCGACGAGAUCAAAGACCUCUUGGCCGACAAGAGCGAAGGUGGCCUCUGCCUCGACACCCGAAUCACCACUCUGGGUCACGUCCAGCGAGGAGGCACAGCAGUAGCCUACGACCGCAUGCUCGCCACGCUACAAGGUGUUGAAGCCGUCAAGGCUGUGCUGGAGGCCACUCCCGAGACCGAAACUUGCUUCAUUGCCAUCAACGAGAACAAGAUUGUGCGAAAACCGCUUAUGCAGGCUGUCAAGGAGACCAAAGAAGUGGCCGUUGCUGUCGAUGCCAAAGAUUUCGACAAGGCCAUGAGCCUCCGAGAUACCGAAUUCUCGGACCAGUACAAGUCUUACCUGACAACGACCAAUGUCAUGGUGGAUGAUCACAAGUUGCCCGAGAAGAGCCGAAUGAAAAUUGGUUUCAUCAACGUCGGCGCCCCUGCCGGUGGUAUGAAUGCCGCUGUGCGCGCGGCCGUUGCAUACUGCCUCUCUCGUGGGCACGAGCCCCUUGCCAUUCACAAUGGUUUCGCCGGAUUCGCUCGCCACCACGGCGACUCACCUCUCGGGGCCGUGCGGCCCUUUGACUGGCUCGAAGUUGACGGAUGGGCAAGCAAAGGCGGCUCCGAGAUUGGCACGAACCGCGAGCUCCCUUCCGAAUCCGGCAUGGAACUGAUUGCCAACCUCAUUGAGCAGUACGAAUUCGACGCCCUCUUCAUUGUUGGCGGCUUUGAGGCUUUCCACGCCGUCUCUCAGCUGCGCAAGGCUAGAGCCGAGUAUCCAUCAUUGUGCAUUCCCCUUUGUCUCUUGCCGGCCACGAUUUCCAACAACGUUCCUGGCACCGAGUACUCCUUGGGCUCGGACACAUGUCUCAACGAGUUGGUCAACUACUGCGACAAGAUUAAGCAGUCUGCUUCGGCCACCCGCCGCCGCGUCUUUGUUAUCGAGACGCAGGGUGGACGCUCGGGCUAUGUCGCAACGCUGGGUGGCCUCAGCGUGGGGGCCUCUGCCGUUUACAUUCCCGAAGAGGGAAUCAGCCUCGAGAUGCUGAAUGCGGACGUCAAGCACCUCAAGGAGGUUUUCCGCAAGGACAAGGGCCAGUCCCGCGCUGGUCGCCUGAUUCUUGUCAACGAAAAGGCCAGCAAGGUGUACGACGCAAAGCUCAUUGCCAGCAUCAUCCGCGAUGAGGCGCACGACCGAUUUGAAAGCCGAGAGAGCAUCCCCGGACACGUGCAGCAAGGAGGUGUCCCCUCGCCCAUGGACCGCUGCCGUGCCGUUCGACUGGCCAUUAAGUGUAUGCAGCACCUGGAGGAAUAUGGCCGCAACGCGCACAACCGGGUGAAGAAGGAUCCCAACAGCACAAGUGUCAUUGGCAUCCAAGGCUCCGAGGUUGUCUUUACACCAAUUGAGGAGCUGGAGGAGAAGCACACAGACUGGCCAAACAGAAGACCCAAGGUGGCGCACUGGCUGGACAUGCGAGAGGUGGUUGAUAUCUUGGGCGGAAGACCAGACUAUCCUAAGCCUGAAAAGAGCUUGACGGGACUUAUUGCCAAGGAUACAAAGCGCGGAAUCUACUCGGGUGCGGACUAA